AUGAUUCUGUUCCUUGUACCGAAUGCAGAACAUAUUAACUCAAAAGAGCCUUUGGUUUUCUCUCGUUGGGCCCGCGAAUCAAGUGUUCAAUGUAGGGUUUGGUUGUUGUAUGCAGGCGUUGCGCUCGGUGAAGAACCGACAUUAAUUGACCAAAAUCCUCCCGCUGAGGCUGUCUUGAAGCCUGAGGAAGAGUCUGGAGGCAGUUCAUUGGGUUUGCAAAAGCCGACCGACUUUGUGCAGAAACUGCAGGCCUUCCAGGAGGAGAUCCGUGUCUGGCACGAGACUCAAAAAGACAACCUCAAGGCGUCUUACGAAGAGUUAGUUGAGCUGUGGAAGGCAACAGCCGAAGCCGCGGAACGCCGCUUCCAACGCGCCAAACAGUCAACUCAGUCCGACCUGAAAGACGCUAAUGAAAUCUGGACCUCAUUUUUCGAUUGGUUGAAGAAUCUCAUAGCCGGAAUCCCCGUCCCUCUGCCUGUGACAGGGGGGACGCAGAGCCAGCAGAAGGCAGGUCAGCUAGCGCCUAUCUCUAUCCCCCAAAUUGGCGCCAUUCUGGAAGAAAUGCAUGCACUCCUUGAGGCCGUGUACACUAAGGUUUUGCAGGAAAAGGCACAGCUGCUGAACCAAGAGGAGCAACAGCCGCAGAAGGAAGGCUUGACCCCCGUCACUACCGAAAGCCCAUCCUCGGAGGUUGCAAAGGCUGACCAGGAAGUAACAUCGGAUACUCCGCAGAAGGAACAACAGGAGGAGCAACGGUCGGAAAUUGCGGAGGAGGCGGCAACGCCGACCCGAGAAGAAGCGACACAGGUGCAGCAGGAGAUGGCCGAAACAGUGGAAAGACAGGAAGAUGAGGUUUCUGAGCCUGAGGUUGGAAUCACAUCGGAGGCAGAAGCUGGGCAAGAAACCGUGCAAGAAGCUGUACCAGAAACUGCGCCAGAAGCUGUACCAGAAACUGUGCCAGAAGCUGUGGAAGAAACCGUGCCAGAAGCUGUGGAAGAAACCGUGCAGGAAGCUGUACCAGAAGUCGGGACAGAAAAUGUGCAGGAGGGUGUGCAAGCAGUGGCGGCUUCCCCCCAGCAAGCCGAACCGGAGGCACACGGAGCGCUUCUAGUAGUAGCAGAACCUGAGGCUUCAACAGAAGCGACUCCUGCAGACGACCACGCUUCCCAGCUUUCUACCAUCGUACUGGACACCCUGAACCGUAUCGAGAAUGCCUACAAGUCACUGUACGAAACUCUGAAGGCGGCAAUUGUUUCCGGCUCCCGAGGGUCCUUUAGGGCUCCUCAGGCUGCUGCCACUAUGCUCAAAGAGCUAGAGGAGCUUGGAGAAGAGUUUGCGGAAGAAAAUGCAGCAGUGACAGCAGAGCUGGCAGCCGUGGAAGAGGCUGCACAGCGUCAAGGGCCUACCUGGACGAUGAUUGAGCGAGAGAAAGUCUUGAAGAAAUGGCUAGUGAUGGCUAACAUCCAGCAGGUCAAGAUAACAGCCAUUGGCAGCAAGGCAGCAGCCUAUGGCAUUUCAACGGACGUAACGCCAGUAUUGAGUCCAAGUGCAGAGGAGCAAGCGGCCACCCCUCCCUUCACCACCUACCCAUACAUCUACUAUCCCUAG